AUGGAGCAAGCCAAGCUGAUCGGAAGUAUCAUUCCGGCCACAAAACUCCUCGUCAGGUUCAAUUUGGCAAGCGUGACUAUCCAAGGAGAGAUUCUGCCGCCCACAAACGCCAAGUGGGGAAUGAAGACGACCCUCUUUGAAGCAGUAGAUGGCGAUAUGAGCUAUAAUAUUAUUCUGGGGAGACCAUGGUUGCACGAGAUGAAGGAUGUGCCCUCAGCAUAUCAUCAAUUAUUGAAAUUUCCAACUCCCGAGGGAAUUAAACAAAUUAGGGGCAACCAACCAGUAGCAAGGGAGAUGAACACAAUCUCAGUUUACAUUAGCAAAGGGAAGGAGCAUGCAACAUAG